CCCCUGCGCAGCCCUCGGCCCCCAUCCUGCCCCCCCGCCCCUGUUCUGCCCCCCCCGGCCCUGAUCCUGACCCCCCUUCUGGCCCCUCGGCCCCCAUCCUGCCCCCCCGCCCCUGUUCUGCCCCCCGGCCCCAAUUCUGCCCCCCCCGGCCCUGAUCCUGACCCCCCCCUUCUGGCCCCUCGGCCCCCAUCCUGCCCCCCUGCCCCUGUUCUGCCCCCCUGGCCCCAAUUCUGCCCCCUCGGCCCUGAUCCUGACCCCCCUUCUGGCCCCUCGGCCCCCAUCCUGCCCCCCUGCCCCUGUUCUGCCCCCCUGGCCCCAAUUCUGCCCCCUCGGCCCUGAUCCUGACCCCCUUCCCCCUCCGGCCCCCCAUCUUGCCCCUUGUACAGCCCUUGACCCCCGUCCUCCCCCCCCGGCCCCAUUCCUGCCCCCGUCCUGCCCCCCGGACCCGUCGGCCGCGCCCCCCCGCGCCCUGACGCCCCCCCUCCCUCCCGCCCGCAGGCGCGGGGCCAUGUCGGACUCGGUGCUGCUGCUGCGGCGGGUGCGGGAGCGGAGCAGCGAGGCGGCGGCGGCGGCGGCGGCCGGGGCGCGGCGGAAGCGGGGCCGCCGCCGGCGCUUCUACCCCGAGCACCGGGUGUACCGGGCCCGCAGCUCCUUCCUGGACCUCAGCGAGGAGCAGGUGCUGCGGCGCUACCGCCUCGACAAGGCCGCCAUCGCCGGGCUCUGCAGCGAGCUGGGCUCCGACCUGGAGAGCCUCACGGGCCGCAGCCACGCGCUGCCCGUGGCCGUCAAGGUCACCUCCGCCCUCACCUUCCUGGCCUCCGGCUCCUUCCAGACGGCCACGCGGGACACCACCGGCAUCAGCCAGUCCGCCAUGUCCAACUGCCUGGCGCAGUUCCUGGAGGCGCUGCAGCGGCGGGCGGCGCGCUACAUCGCCUUCCCCGCGCCGGGCCGGGCGCCGGGGCCGCCGGCGGGGCCCUUCCCCGGCGUGCUGGGGCUGCUGGGCAGCAUGCACGUGGCGCUGCGGGCGCCCUCCGAGAACGAGCUGGCCUACCGCAACGCCCGCAACUACCACUCCAUGAACAUGCAGGUGGUGUGCGACGCCCGCGGCACCAUCACCAACGUGGUGGCCAAGUUCCCCGGCUCCUGCCCCAACGCCGCCGUGCUGGAGAACUCGGCCCUGGCCCGGCUGCUCGACGGCGCCCGGCUCGACGGCGCCUGGCUGCUGGGAGACCGGAGCUACCCGCUGAAAACGUGGCUGAUGACGCCCAUCCUGUUCCCGUGCAGCCCGGCGGAGGAGCGCUACAACGCGCUGCACCACGAGGCGCUGGCGGCACUGCGCCAGACCUGCGCCCUGCUCCGGCUGCGCUUCCGCUGCCUGGACAAGGCCAGCGGCUCGCUGCAGUACACGCCGCAGAAGGUCUGCCAGAUCUUCCUGGCCUGCUGCAUCCUGCACAACAUCGCCCUCAGCCGCCGCAUGCCCCUGGAGCUGCCCGAGGGCGCCGAGCCGCCCGGCGCCGACGCCGAGCCUGAGCUGCCCGUGCAGACGCCCUACGUCCAGAUCUCCAGCGAGGCCCGGGCCGUGCGGGCGCGGAUCGUGCAGCAGGUCAAGGACGGCCUCGCCUAGGCCGCCCGCGCCGCCCCGCGAAGCGCCCCGGACCCGGCGUCGAGCUGGGCGCCCGGCUCCGCGGGGAAACCCGGUUCCUUCCCCCCGUGGAGGUUAGUGACUGAGGGGCAGGAGGGCGCCGGGCAGAGGGGCAGCGGGGCAGCGGGCGCCCCGAGGCCUCCCAGACGCGGACGCGGAGCGAGCGCCGGGCCCUGCCCGCGCGUGGGGGUGAUGGAGACGGGGCGAGCGGCAGCACGACGCCUCCGGCGCUCGGGGACCUGGGGCCGGGGGGAGCUGGCGACACUCCCUGUGCGGCCUCGGCGCUGGAGACGGGAGCCCCGUCCCGCCCUGGUGGCACUCCUUCGUUUUCGGGGGGGAAAAUAAACAUAUUUUUCUAGUA